GUCUUAUCUUCUAAAAGAAGAAAAACAAAAUAGUAUAUAUAUCGUUUACGUCUAGUUGUUAGUUUUUAUCGUCACUGAAGAUAUGGUGAAGAGCCUUAAAGUGGAUCCUCUUGCUAAGGUCACUACCUCCACCACUUCCAUGAAGAGCCAAUCAGAGCCUUAUUAUGAAACUCUGGAGACAUAUCAAGGCCUACCUUGUCCUUAUGGUGGCUACUAUGGAUUCUACUAUCCAGGCCUUGAUGGUUCACUUGGAGAAGCAAAGGAUAAUGGAUACUAUGGUUAUGGAACAGAAGUUCAGUACCCGGUUAUGCAAGGAGAAGAUGGAUCUUUAAUCUACAUGAUGCCAGGGUUUCAAUCUUAUGAUGUUAGUCCCACUUAUAUGCCUAUAAGCCCGGUUGGUGUAUCAAGCCAUGCACUUCAUUCACCUAUGUAUGCAGCUCAAGGCUAUUAUCAGAACCAAUACAGUUAUGGAGAUUUUUUAUCUCCUACUUAUGUAUGGGACCCUAUUGGAGACAAGUAUGUGUAUGGUGUUACUUCAAGUAACCAACCUUUGAAACAGAACAUAUCUUCUUCAAGUCAUAACCAUAGCAACUAUUAUUCAAAGAGCAAGACUUCCUUCACGGGUCAUGGCAUGGGAGAUAGGCCUAAGAAGUCUGGAGCUUCAAAUAGAGAUGAAACAGAGAAGGCGAAAGCAAGAAACAAAGAUAAUGUUCAUUGUAAUGAUGGAGAAUGUGAGUCCUGUGCAGCAGGUUCUAUGAUCAAAAGGGAUCAAUAUAACCUGCCUAGCUUUCAGACCAAGUAUGAAGAAGCAAUGUUCUUUGUGAUCAAAUCUUACAGCGAAGACGACGUUCACAAGAGCAUCAAGUACAAUGUUUGGUCUAGUACUUUCAAUGGGAACAAGAAGUUAGACAGUGCAUAUCAAGACUCUCAAAAGAAGAUUGAAGAGAACGGUGGAACGUGCCCGGUCUUCCUAUUCUUCUCGGUGAAUGCAAGUGGCCAGUUUUGUGGUGUAGCUGAGAUGAUAGGGAGAGUGGAUUAUGAGAAGAGCAUGGAGUUUUGGCAACAAGAUAAGUGGACUGGCUAUUUUCCGGUCAAGUGGCACAUAAUCAAAGAUGUUCCAAAUCCGCAGUUACGGCAUAUAAUACUAGAGUACAAUGAGAACAAGCCUGUAACAAAUAGCAGAGACACACAAGAGGUGAGGUUGCCACAAGGGAAUGAAGUGUUGGACAUCUUCAAGAACUAUGCAGCAAAGACAUCUAUAUUAGAUGAUUUUGAAUUUUAUGAAAACAGAGAGAAGGUUAUGAUACAGAAAAAGCUAAGGUCACAUCCGGUUCAGAUAAAGAAGAAAGAAGAAGAAGAAGAAGAAGAAUUGGUUGCUGACUUCAAAUCUUUGGAGAUAUCAAACACAGUCAAAGAGGGAAACACAGACUUAACAGGGAAUGUGAACUAACUAGAAGAAGCUGUUGUGUUUUGGUUUGGUUUGGAUUUUAUUACAAGUGAGUGGCUUCUUGUUCUAUUGUUUUGUUGUAUUGUGUUUUGCAAAUUUGUAAUCACUUGAUUUUUAUAGUGAAACUUAAGAACAAUAAAAAUGUUGAAAAAGGAUUAUUCAUGUAAAGUGAGCUCUUUACAAUCAUGUGUUGUAUCUUCAAGGUGCCUGCUAAUCGUUGAGCCGUCUUAGCUCAGUGGUAGAGCGCGUGACUUUUAAUCCCGUGGCCGUGGGUUCGAUCCCCACAGACGGCGAGUACUCUUGUUUUAAGAGACCCUCGUGUUCACUAUUUUCACUAUUGUUAGUUUGUUUUACCACUACUAUUCACCUUACAUGGCUCCCGCGUGAAUUUUGUUGUGUGAG